AUGUUGGCAUUGGACUCGUCACGUCAACAACGAACAUCAUACUUUCACAACGUCCCUAUGGACCCAGCAUUGGUCGAUCCGUUCGGAUUCCAAAUGGAUAACUUCGGCGGGUUUGGGCAGACUUCUGGUUCAACCAGCGCCCCAACAUCUUACUACGAAACGUCACCUGUUUAUGCUGAUUCGCAGCUUGAGCCCAAAACUUUCGGUUUCCCUCCCAUGCCUCCUACACCCCCAUCCCUUCCAGUACCCUAUUCUACAGAGCCUUAUAUGUCGGGCCUCUCCAGUGCAUCUGGACCCUCCAUCGCAAGCGCAUCAUCGUCGGCGAUCGGUUCGCCAUACUCCGCCGUCAUGGAUGAGUUCUUUCCCAAUGAGUUUAUGGGAAGCUCGUUAGAAGCGGAUCAUAUGUAUCAGAGGAAAGGCCCAGACGACUUUGUUGAUCCUUCCUUGAUACAGCCAGUACACCAAUAUCCAAACUAUUCAACUCCUACUAUCUCGUUUCCCGAACACUUGAGCUACUCUGCCAACUGUGGAUAUUACCCUCAGUCUCCCGACCCGUCUCACCUCACCGUUGCCGAGAACUACUCCGCAGAUCACCUUUCACAGACACGACUGGCAGUCUCUUCUCCUAUUUUGAACUCUCCCCCCCACUCACGUCCCGUUUCGAUCUAUGACCGGAGGUCGUCCGUUUCAUCCACCAAUUCCCGACCAUCUCAGCUGAGUCCAGCUGCGAGCGUCGCGGAUUUUGAUGAAGAGAGCAAGGACAAAGGACGCUGUCCACAUCCCGACUGCGGAAGAGUGUUCAAGGAUCUGAAGGCUCAUAUGCUCACGCAUCAAUCAGAACGACCGGAGAAGUGCCCCAUCGUUACCUGCGAAUACCACGUCAAGGGAUUCGCUCGUAAAUACGACAAGAACCGACAUACGCUCACCCAUUACAAGGGAACAAUGGUGUGCGGGUUCUGUCCAGGUUCUGGGUCACCUGCGGAGAAAAGCUUCAACAGAGCGGAUGUCUUCAAGCGUCACUUGACCUCGGUGCAUGGCGUUGAGCAAACACCACCCAACUGUCGCAAGAGGAGCCCCGGUGCAGCUUCUGGCAAGAAGGUUUCGGAUUAUUGCCAGGAUGCCACUGGCAAAUGCUCAACUUGCUCUGCCACCUUCAGCAACGCACAGGACUUUUACGAGCACCUUGACGAUUGUGUUCUCCGGGUUGUGCAACAAGUAGAGCCUAGCGAGGUUAUUAACCAGCAACGGCUGGCGGAAGUGGACUGUGAUGAGGAGGUCAAGAAGACCAUGGAGAAGCACAAGCUCCUCGAUACCGCCGGCAACGUCGACGGUGAGCCUGAGGAAGAAGACGACGAUUAUAACGAACUCAAUCUUCAGCUGCGAUCGAGUAAAGGUGCAUUCAAGUCAAACAAAGAGAAUGCGAGUGUAGGAUCUCGUCCCAUCUUGGGCAGCCACAACGCUGUUACCAAAAGUGGCAAGGCCCGUGCAACCAUUUCGAAAAGGCGAAACAACCGCGAUCGCUACCCUCCUUCCUGGGGCUGCCCCAGCAGCAGCAUGAAGACGAAGAAGCGCGUCUUGUGCGUCUUCGACGGCCAGCGCCGUCUGUGGAAAGAUGAAAUGAUGCUUGACAAUGAGUUCGAAGUACGGCUGAAGCUUCCCGGAGGAGCUGGUGACGGUACAAACCGGGAGGCAUAUAUAACUGACCUGGAUGUCGAAACUCUGAAACGUGCUGAAGGCGUGUUGAGCGCCAACGAGGAUGAAAGGGGCCCCUGGUUAGAGGGGCCGGCAACCCAUCUCAUGGGACAGCCGGCGACGAUGUUGCCUACACUUUCUCAUCCACUCGAAGAUGUCGAUAUCGAUGACUUGAUGUCCUGA